GUGGCGGGCAGGGGUGGGGGACAGGUUCCUAGAACCCCUAGACUCUUCCUUUGGCCACCUGGUCCCAGGUUGCUGCGUCCCCUGGCCGCGCGCUUAGGGCAGCGCCGCGCCCCGGCGGUUGUGUGACUGGGAGGGGUGUGACUGAGAGCCCCCAGCGCGCGCCCGUCCCCACCCCCGCACCCCGUGCCCGCCCGCGCAGCGUGACUGGCCGCAGCCGCAGACCCGGCUCCGGGAGGCGCAGAGCGCGGCGCGCUGAGCCGGAGAGGCAAGCGGGCUGCUGCCUUGCGUCCGCCGCGCCGUCCGCCCUCCUCCGCUCCCUCCGCCCUCCUCUGGUGGCCGCGCUGCCUGGGAGCCGGGAAAGCCGCUGCUCCAAGCCCGCAGCUCCGGCGCGGGGACCAGCAGCGAGGCGGGGGCGGCGAGAGCGCGGAGACCACAGGCCCCGGGGACAGGCGGAGUGGGGCUCUGGCCUGGGCAGGCAGAGCUGAGCGUGGGAGUGUUUGCGGGUGAGAUCCAGGGCUGCACCCGUGUUCUGCGCGGAGCCCGUCAAGCCCAGCCCAGGUCGCCGCAGCCCGGGAACCUCCCCACCCGCGCCCCAAGGCACGCGCGGCACAGCCAUGAACACCAACGAUGCCAAGGAGUAUCUGGCCCGCAGGGAAAUCCCUCAGCUUUUCGAGAGCCUUUUGAAUGGACUGAUGUGUUCUAAGCCUGAAGACCCAGUAGAGUACUUGGAAAGUUGUUUAAAGAAAGUCAAGGAAUUAGGCGGCUGCGACAAGGUGAAGUGGGAUACAUUUGUCAGCCAGGAAAAGAAGACCUUACCUCCGCUCAAUGGAGGACAAUCACGGAGAUCCUUUCUAAGAAAUGUGAUGCCUGAAAAUUCAAACUUUCCAUAUCGGCGGUAUGAUCGUCUCCCUCCAAUCCAUCAAUUCUCCAUAGAAAGUGAUACAGACCUCUCCGAGACUGCAGAGUUAAUUGAGGAGUAUGAUGUUUUUGAUCCUACUAGACCUCGACCAAAAAUCAUACUUGUCAUAGGUGGUCCAGGAAGUGGAAAGGGUACUCAAAGUUUGAAAAUCGCAGAACGUUAUGGAUUCCAAUACAUUUCGGUGGGAGAAUUACUGAGAAAGAAGAUCCACAGUACCAGCAGCAAUAGGAAAUGGAGUCUUAUUGCCAAAAUAAUUACAACUGGAGAAUUGGCCCCACAGGAAACAACAAUUACAGAGAUAAAACAGAAAUUGAUGCAAAUACCUGAUGAAGAGGGCAUUGUUAUCGAUGGAUUUCCAAGAGAUGUUGCCCAGGCUCUAUCUUUUGAGGACCAAAUCUGUACUCCCGACUUGGUGGUAUUCCUGGCUUGUGCCAAUCAGAGGCUCAAAGAGAGAUUACUGAAGCGUGCAGAGCAACAGGGGCGGCCGGAUGACAAUCUGAAAGCUACCCAAAGGAGACUAAUGAACUUCAAGCAGAACGCUGCUCCAUUGAUUAAAUAUUUCCAGGAAAAGGGGCUCAUCAUGACAUUUGAUGCUGACCGAAACGAAGAUGAGGUGUUCUAUGACAUCAGUGUGGCAGUUGACAGCAAGUUAUUUCCAAACAAAGAAGCUGCAGCAGGUUCGAGUGACCUUGAUCCUUCGAUGAUGUUGGACACAGGAGAGACCAUUGAUACAGGUUCUGAUUAUGAAGAUCAGGGUGAUGACCAGUUAAAUGUAUUUGGAGAGGAUACCAUGGGAGGUUUCAUGGAAGAUUUGAGAAAGUGUAAAAUUAUUUUCAUGAUUGGUGGCCCAGGCUCUGGCAAAGGCACACAGUGUGAAAAGCUGGUGGAAAAAUACGGAUUUACACAUCUCUCGACUGGUGAGCUCCUGCGUAAUGAGCUGUCAUCAGAAUCUGAAAGAAGCAAAUUGAUCAGAGAUAUCAUGGAACGUGGAGACCUGGUGCCCUCACGCAUCAUUCUGGAACUCCUGAAGGAGGCCAUGUUGGCCAGCCUCAGUGACACCAAGGGCUUCCUGAUUGAUGGCUAUCCCCAGGAAGUGAAGCAAGGGGAAGAGUUCGGACGUAGGCAGUGGAACCGCUUUCCCCACGUGGCCCGAGAACCUCCUGGAUCCCACUCUGUUCCUGGGGAUUUGCCCUUCCCACCAGAGCAUCGCCAGAUUGGAGACCCACACCUGGUGAUCUGUAUGGACUGCUCAGCAGACACCAUGACCAACCGCCUUCUCCAGAGGAACCAGAGCAGCCCUCUGGUGGAAAACAACACCACCACCAUUGCCAAGCGCCUUGAAACCUACUACCGAGCAUCCAUCCCUGUGAUUGCCUACUAUGAGAUGAAAACACAGCUACAUAAGGUAAAUGCAGAGGGGACACCGGAGGAAGUUUUUCUUCAACUCUGCACAGCUAUUGACUCUAUUUUCUGAAGGCAAAAAAAGCAUGCACAUCAAGGAGAGUGGAGACAGAAAAAAAUAUUAAAAGGCUCAUCCCUUAACACAAUAUUGUUUCAAGUUAAACCGUUUGUGUCCCCCAUCCCUACCCCACCCCAGAUCCUGACAUUGCUGUUUGCUUCUGAGCUUGACCUUUCCGAGAGGUGUCUGGAAAUCAUGCAUGGUGUAUUUGGUAUUAUCUAACCUCUUCUUCCUAAUUCAGACAGCCGUCCGCACCCCCAGCACGCACACUCUUCCGUCAUAUCAGCUGUGCCUCAGAGCUGCUAGCUAGUACGUGAACAGAGCGUGGUGUUCAGUUGUGCCCUCAGGACCUGCUAGUCUGACCAUUUGAUUUCUCUGUCAUCAAACAGGGGGUUAGCGCCCCCCUAAUGCCCCAUCACAUUUUCCUUCCUCACCCCAAGAUUUACAUGCUGUUGCCUGAUAAAGGGCCUUACCAUGGGGCGGGGAGGCACCUGGGUACCUCCUCUAGUGGCUGUUUCCUCAAGUCUCAUCCACUAGUAGCUCAGAGCCAGAGAGACUGGUCUGAUAACUCCAACUGGUGAUAAGAAAUAUGAUUAAAUUUGAAUAUUUGAUAAGAAGUAAAACAAUGUGAAAUUGUAUAGCUUUUCCAAGGCUGUAAAACCCAGACUAGUCACCAAUAACAUUUCUGCAUUCAUUUUUAGGAAACUGGCUACUACUUGGAAUACUGUCAUAUGACAAAGAAAACAAAUUGAAUAAAUUGUCUAACCUAAUCUCUUUUACACCUGGUGGUGCAUUUCAGCAAUUAUACAUUAAUACCAAUGACCAAACAUAACGUAAAGCAUGAGGUGAUUUGUUACUGCGUUCACUGGAAUAAUGUCAACUUAUAGUUUUGAUUUUAUAAGAUCGUGUAUUUAUUUAUUACUGCCAAACAAGAAAGUAACAGUAACAAUACUGAUGUGGGUGGGAGAGGCAUGUCAGUACAUGAUGUUUAACAGAUCCCAGUGCUGUAUUUGUUUCAUGCGGGCCUUUUCCAGGGCUGUGCAAACCUUAUCAUAUCCAUAUGUAAAACUGUGCUUUACCCUGCUUCAAACCAGUGAGGUUUGGGUUUUCUUUUGUGUUAUCAGUUGCCAAAUCAGAGCUUCUUAUAUAUUCUACUGGAAUAACUGCAUCUUCCAUUCAGUCACUACAAAUGACCAUAGUUUCAGUUUGCAUGCCGUUCUUUUCCCUUCAAUGGUCGUGCUGAUAAGGAUCCAAUUCUGGGACAGAAUUGUAUUUUUACAGUCAUUUUUUUUUUUCUUGAAAUGGAUAUAUGUACAAAUAAAAUAAAUGGAACACA